AACCCCGCGUUUCUUUUCAUUUGUUUUUCUUUUUAUCAUUGAACAAAUAAAAAUGUUUGCUACCUCUCGCAUCUUCACCUCCCUUGCUGCUAAGCGUGCUUUCUCCACCUCUACAGCUAACCUCUCCAAGGUUGCUGUUCUCGGUGCUGCCGGUGGAAUUGGACAGCCUUUGUCUUUAUUGUUGAAGGAAAACCCUCAUGUUACCCACCUUUCCCUUUAUGAUAUUGUCAACGCUCCUGGUGUUGCUGCCGAUGUUAGCCACAUUAACAGCAACUCCAAGGUUACAGGACAUACUCCCGAUAAUGAAGGACUGAAGGAAGCCCUUGAAGAUGCCCAUGUCGUUGUCAUCCCUGCCGGUGUUCCUCGUAAGCCUGGUAUGACUCGUGAUGACUUAUUCAACACCAAUGCCUCUAUUGUCCGGGACCUUGCCUCUGCUGCCGCUAAAUACUGUCCCAACGCUCAUUUCCUCAUCAUCUCAAACCCUGUCAACUCUACCGUUCCUAUCUUUGCCGAAACUUUGAAGAAGGCUGGUGUCUUCAACCCUAAGCGUCUCUACGGUGUUACUACUCUUGACGUUGUCCGUGCUUCUCGCUUCGUAGCUGAAGCCAAGAACCUUGAUCCCAAAGAUGUCAAUGUCACUGUCGUUGGUGGCCACUCUGGCGUUACUAUCGUCCCUCUUCUCUCACAAACUGGUAUCGAAUUCACAAAGGAAGAAUUAGAUGCUUUGACACAUCGUAUUCAAUUUGGUGGUGACGAAGUUGUUCAAGCCAAGAAUGGUACUGGUUCUGCUACCUUAUCCAUGGCUUACGCUGGUGCCCGUAUGGCUAACGCUGUCUUAAAGGCUACUGUCGGCGGUGAAAAGGGUAUUGUUGAACCCUCAUUUGUGAAAUCUGAUGUUUUUGCUAAGGAAGGUGUUGAAUAUUUCUCUACUAAUAUCGAACUCGGCCCUGAUGGCGUUGAAAAGAUCAACGAUCUCGGUCAAAUUUCUGAUUACGAAAAGGAACUUAUUUCCAAGGCUAUUCCUGAAUUGAAGAAGAACAUUACUAAGGGCAACAACUUUGUUAAUCAAUAAAUCAAUUCAGACUGAAAUCUCAGCUUAUAGAACCAUGAUAUAUGGUAAAACUCCUCAUCCUUCUUUCCUUACCCUGUUUAUCUUUUUAACUUUUGUAAGUUUCCGCAAUUUUCACAUUACUGACAAAAAUCAAUAAAAUGUAUUUGUAAUACCUAUUUGA